AAGAACAACGACAAUGACAACGACGAGUCGUACGGCUCGGGCCGCGACAAUGACAACUCGUAUGGCUCAGGCCGCGACAACAACGACUCCUACGGAAGCGGUCGCCAGACUACGGGCGGUGACAGCUACGGCAGCUCUGGUCGUGACACCAGCGACACCUACGGCAGCUCUGGCCGCGAUACGAGUGAUACCUAUGGAAGCUCAGGCCGUGACAAUACCGUAGGUAGCGACUCCUACGGAAGUGGCCGCAAGGACGACUCGGACACGUUCGGGAGUGGACGCCAGACUGGAGGAGACAGCUAUGGCAGCUCGGGUCGUGACACUAGCGACACCUUCGGUAGCUCUGGUCGUGACACUAGCGACACCUUUGGUAGCUCCGGCCGCGACACGAGCGAUACUUACGGCAGCUCUGGCCGCGACAAGAGUGAUACCUAUGGUAGCUCAGGCCGUGACAAGAGUGAUACCUAUGGUAGCUCAGGCCGUGACACAAGCGAUACUUAUGGAAGCUCGGGUCGCGAUACCAGUGAUACCUACGGCAGCUCAGGGCGCAACACUGGCGACGACAACCUUGGCUCGACCGGACGCUCUGGAGGAGAUGACAGCUUCGGAUCCUCCCGACGCGAUGAUGUAUCCUCUGGUGGUGAGAAUGACGACGACAGCUUCGGAGGCAGCAAGACAACAGGCGAUGACAGCUACGGCAGCAGUGGCCGCACUGGAGACAACGAGUUUGGCAGUGGUACCACGGGCUCUGGCUUCGGAAGCAGUGGAAGACAAACGGGUGGUGACAGCUACGGCCAGGGAGACUCCUACGGCAGCGGAAACCGCCGGGAUGACAACUACUAG